AUGUCGUUGUUCACAUGGUUCGCACAACGCGCAGGGGGAUUAAGUAUGAUCACGCUAAGUGCUCUCUGCUAUUGGGUCAUAUACCACGAUGCCUCUCUUGAACAAUACCGAAAUGAAGGCAAACAGCCUGCCUCCCAAUAUCCUUCAGAUUCUGCCAUAGGUGCUGGUAUUUGGAGCUUCUUCUUCGCAUAUUACUGCCUUUUUGUUCAUAUACUGGUUUGCAUUUUCCCUCUCCGAGCCUGCUGGACUAUCUGGACUCUCACCCAAUCCAUGAAAAGAGCAGCGCGUAGCGAUUCAUUACUUGAUCUGAAAAAGCUCGCUUCACGUCGGGACUCCUAUACUUCCGUGUCGAGCUCCGAGACUCUCAGAUCCAGUCCAGACAGUCCAGCUUCCUCCACUACCAGUGAAGCCGGCGAUUACGAUCCUGAAUAUUACACAGACGGCGUGCCGGGAGCUUAUGACAACGUCGUUCAUGUCAUCAUCAUUCCAAACUACAAAGAAGAGGUUGGCACACUCAGGGAGACCCUCGAUGUUCUGUCAUCCCAUCCUCAGGCUCAUUAUUCAUAUGAUGUCUAUCUUGGAAUGGAACACAGAGAGAGUAGCGCCGAAACGAAGGCUCUUGGACUGAUACAGGAGUUCGCGAAGAAGUUCAGAUUCCUUGACUUCACACUUCACCCAUCAGAAAUCCCGGGUGAAGCCGCUGGCAAAGGCAGCAAUCUCGCAUGGGCUGCUCGCAAGCUGAGCGAGAGGUACUCAGAAGCCGUGAGGAAGAACGUUAUAAUCACUGGUAUUGAUGCCGAUAGCCAUCUUUCAUCGAACUACUUUACCCUUCUGACAAAUAUGCACUUAUCCUAUUCCGAAACCGCAUUGACUACCAUCUACUCGGCUCCUAUUAUUUUCGACAGGAACGCACAUUGUGUUCCGUCUCUUGUCCGUGUUGCUGAUAUACUCUGGGGCGCUGCUGGUAUGUCUGGCUUGUACCCUGGGUCUUCUAUUUCUCCGCCUACAUCCGUCUACUCUCUUCCUCUAGAUUUGGUUGACCGGGUUGGCGGAUGGGAUUGUGGCAGCGAGGCCAUCGGUGAGGACCUGCAUAUGUAUAUCAAGUGUUUUUUCGCCCUCAAUGGCAACUUAACCAGUCGAGUCAUCUAUAGCCCUGUCAGCCAAAGUAACGUCACGGGAGGUGGAGGGCUACUGAACGACACUCGCGCUCGUUAUAAACAGGCUCUUCGUCAUAUGUGGGGUGCUCUUGAUACUGGCUUUGCGCUUCGUAAACUGGUUCAGCUGUGGCAAGAUCGCAAGCAAACCUGCCGUUCCUAUCAACCCCUUCACUACACCAUCUCAGAUGCCGAUCAUCUUGCCUUUCCCGAAAGCUCCGCAAGCGAUGAGAACAGUGGUCAGGCCUAUGACAACGGCAUCUUCUCAAGCAUCCACAAGGAAACUAUUCAACACCCCCACUGGGAAAAUGUUUUCUAUAUGCUGCAUCGCCUUUUCGAAGCUCACUUUCUUCCCGUUCAUAUGGCUAUCCUGGUUCUUUCGUCAGCACUUUAUGUAAAGCUCACAGAAGGCAAUGGAGACCCACGAAGCCUGGCUUGGAUUUUUAGCUGGUGUAAUCUUGUUCGUAUUUACGGUUUCUUUCAAAUUGGGGUCUACGUGUCUCUAUACGAAAGUUUCCACCAGACAGGAGUCGCCAGCCGGGAGAGAGAAAUGGUCAAGGCUGGACUGGCAAACGGGAUGGACUUUUCCCGACGAUCUCUCAAGAACAACUGGUAUGACUACUUUGCGAUUCCCGUCGUCGCUCCUCUAUAUGGCACCAUACCCAGUGCUCAAGCUUUGAUUUGCCAGCUUUGGGACCAAGACCUUGUUUAUACUAAAUGCUGUCGUCGUGGCCCCUGGGGUCUUGACGUGCCAAGCAACAGUUUAUGA